AUGUCGUCAUGUGAAAUGGAGAAGGAAAUAGCCAUUGUAGGUGCUGGAAUCAGUGGUCUUCUUGCAUGCAGACACACAAUGGAAAAGGGUUUUAAUCCAGUAGUUUUCGAGGCUCGAAAUGGCAUUGGAGGAGUGUGGUCCAGCACCAUUGAUUCAACUAAACUGCAAACUCCUAAGAAUUACUAUCAGUUCUCAGAUCUUGCAUGGCCACUUUCAGUCACAGAAACUUUCCCUGAUCAAAGCCAAGUGAUGGAUUACAUCAAAUCAAGAGUCUCAGAAUUAGCUGAUACAAUGCACCUUCCAGAAGAACCUACACAAAAGCACCUUGCUGAAAAUGAUGAUGAAAGAAUGACUGAAAAUGGUGAAGAGCCUGGUAACCAACAGAUACAGGAAACAGAACAAAAUGAGGUUUAUCAAGUUGAUUUUGUGAUUUUGUGCAUUGGAAAAUUCAGUGAUCUGCCGAACAUCCCACAUUUUCCACAAGGAGACGGGCCAGAGGUGUUUAGUGGCAAGGUCAUACACUCCAUGGAUUAUGCUGCAAUGAACAAAAUUCAGGCAGUUGAAUUCAUCAAAGACAAGAGAGUCACAGUUGUUGGUUCCCAAAAAUCAGCACUGGAUAUUGCAGCACAAGUUUCUAAAACAAAUGGAGUAAGGCAUCCGUGCACAUUACUUUUCAGGAGAGUGCAUUGGUCAGGUUCUAAGAACUUGGUUCGACUUACCUUCCGAAAUCCGAAUCGUUUCUCAGAGCUUAUGAUCCAUAAGCCACAAAAAGGGCUCAUUCUCUGGUGGUUGGUUUUUUUGCUUUCACCUUUGCGUUGGAUAUUCACAAAGUUGGUCGAGUGCUAUCUUAAAUGGAUCUAUCCAUUGAAGAAGUACAACAUGAUCCCGGACUAUACAUUCCUAAAAGAAAUAUACUCGUGCAUGUUUACAAUCUUGCCAGAUCGCUUCUACGAAAGAGUUGAAGAUGGCAGUCUAAUCUUAAAGAGAUCACAAAAACUCUGCUUCUGUACAACCGGUGUUAUUAUAGAUGACGAGGUAGCCCCUCUAGAGACUGAUAUUGUCAUUUUUGCAACCGGAUACAAGAGUGAUGAAAAGAUCUCAAAUAUUUUUGCCUUGAAUUACUUCAAGAAAUGCAUAACUAGAUCCUCAACUCCUUUCUACAGGGAAUGCAUCCAUCCAAGAAUUCCACAUCUGGCUAUAAUUGGAUAUUCAGAGAGUCCUGCUACAUCGUUUACAACCGAACUAAGAAGCAAAUGGCUUGCACAUUUUCUUGCAGGAAAAUUUAAAUUACCAGUCAUAAAAGAAAUGGAAGAGGAUGCCAAAAGAUGGAAAAAAUGUACGAAGAAAUAUAGUGGUGAAAACUACAAAGGAGCUUGCGUUAGUGUCAUGCUGCAAAUAGACUGCAAUGAUCAGCUGUGUAGAGAUAUGGGCUGUAACCAUAAGAGGAAGAAAUGGUUUUUGUCUGAGAUUUUUUCUCCUUACCAGCCUGCAGAUUACGCAAAUGUAUAA